UUUCAAAAACAUCGAUGCGUCGUUCGAGACCCUACUAUUUAUAUCGAUGUUUUUCCUACGUUCCUAUUUUAUGCAAAACCAAUGGUGUAGAAAGAUAAAUAACCUGCUGGAGAAGAUCUUCGAAGUACAAACAGAAGAUACCGCAUUUGCGGCUAGCAAAUAACAAAACAACAAGCAGUAUUAACAAGGAUUCCACUUUUACCGGCGUGAACUGCUUCUGUAUUUUGGAGUCUACUUUGCUUAUCUCAUCUAUGGCUUCUGGACGUUAUUUGGAUUACGUGAAGAAUUGCAACAACAUUCUGGUCAUACGCGUGAUCCCUAUAACUAUGAACUGGAUAUUUUCAAUAAUUACAUACGUGUUAACUGGCAGUGGUACAUAUUGCAUGCUGUGAUCUCAACCACUUCACGUUUUUUUAUAAGUGCAAACCAGAUGGGCAUGGUCUACGCUUUUGUAUCAGUUCCUUCACUGCUGACCAUACUACCCUUGAAGAUGGCUGCAUUCGUUUUGGCAAUGCUGAUAAUUUUCUAUUUAGUCGCAUAUAUUGGUAAUAAAAAAGUUGUUUGGAUAGUAACAGCGUUAUGGGUAGCAAUGCUGAAUGCUUUAGCGAUUUAUAUUGCUAAUUUUUCCGAUGGAUAUGACGUUUUUUAUACUCUUAGUGUAAUACUAUUUUGGACCUUGUUGCGCUGUUGUAGCUUUGCACAUUUUUGCGUCGAUGCACACUUCAAAAAGGAACAACUGUUAAAACUAGACUGCUUGGCGCAUUUUCUGGGAUACACGCUAUAUUUUCCAACACUUGCAAACGGACCAUUUUUAGAUUAUAAGCGUUACAUUGUGGUAUUAAAAGAAAAAAAUGUGAAUGGAUUACCUGGCCAACUAAAGUCAUUUGCUUGUGAGUUAGUUCGAAUUGUCUUCUGGUGGCUGGUUCUGGAACUCGGAAUGCGUUACUUAUUUGUACAUUACAUGGCUAUGGUUCCUGAAACGGCAAAGCUAGUCAAGUCACCAUUUGGACGGCAUGCUGUUGGAUACUUUUUAGGCCAGUUCUUUUUCAUGACCUAUUUAGUGAAAUAUGGAUUGGGCAUUGCUUUUUCCCGAUACGAUGGAAUGCAACCACCUAGCAAGCCGCAAUGUAUUGGCCACGUUCAUUAUUAUUCAAACAUGUGGAAGCGUUUUGACCAGGGCCUGUAUGAAUUUCUCUUUGAUUAUAUAUAUCAUCCGCUGGUGAAUGCAAAUUACUCCAAAUUUGUAUCUACUGUGAUAACCUUUACGUUUGUAUUUAUGUGGCAUGGCUGCCAGACGGAAGUACUAAUUUGGACUGUAAUGAAUUUCUGGUGUUUGAUCGCGGAGAAGUUAUUGAAACAUCUUAUGCGUACUCCGUUCUAUAAAAGACUGAUUGAAAAAAAAUUGGGACUGCAAAUUGCACAACGUAUUAAUGCCGUAAUAUUCAGCCAACUUUUCAUCGUAGCAGCCUUUUCCAAUGUGUUUUUUAUUGGCAGUCCCGAAAUUGGUGCUUUUUUAAUGCUAAACGCCUACGGCGCUGGUUUUGUAAAUUAUUUUGCAUUGUCAUUUUGUUGCUAUUGUUUCUUUCAAUGCUCUGAAUUGAUAUCAAUGCAACUUUGGAAGCCAAAUAAUACAUUUGAAAUAAAAUCAAAAAUAAUUUAUUCAUUUAGGAUAUUCCAUUAUUUUCAAAAAAAAAAAAACUAGGAAGCUCGAAAGUAUUUUUUGGAAGACUUAUUUAUGUAUUUCCGCGGCCGCUGUGGUGUAGUUGUUAUCGGUGCGCACUACCAUUCGGCAGGGCCUAGGUUUAAGUCCAGUUCUCAACCAAUAUAAAGCAGUUUUUUCUAAUAGCGGUCGCCCCUCGGCAGGCAAUGGCAAA